UCAUCAACAAUACACUGCAUCAACAAUCACUCGCUUAAUUUCUUUCACUUCCAAACCCCCCACAACACAAUCAACAUGAAGGUCUUCGCCGCCGUCCUCGCCUCUGCUGCUGUCGCCGCUGCCGUCCCCCAAUGGGGUAACGGAGGUAGCUGGGGAAGCAGCACUGAGUGCACUACCGCUACCGUCACCUCCACCGCCACUGAGACUGUCACCGCCAGCGCUCAAGGCUGGGGCGAGUCUGGUUCCGGCUGGGGCCAGGGUGGCCAGGGCUGGGGCUCGACUGCGACUGUUACCGACACCGUCACUGCCACUGCCACUGCCACUGCCACUGUGACCAAGCAGAGCUGGGAGACUAGCACCGUCACCGACACCGUCACCUCAUACGAGUGGAAGACUGUUACCGCGACGGCCACCGAGACUGAUACCGUUACGGCUACUGCUACCGUCACUGCCUCUGCCACCUGGGGCGGCGAGAGCGGCUCCGGCUGGGGCUCUGGCUCCGGCUCCGGCAGCUCCGGCAGCUGGGGAAAGCAGUAGAUGGGAGACGAACAACAACGCUCCUAUCCGCGCGCCCACGCUUCAUCCAAAACCAUGAACCGAACCAAGGCGCCAUUCGACAGCCUUGAUGAUCACUCCUUUAAUGAUUAAUGCGUGCGAUGGUGGCUGGGGUGGGUGUUCAACUAAAGGUUACAUAUUACCCUCGACCUAGUGUGUAAAAUCAAUGGACAAAUAGUCUUGUA